ACAAAACUAGUUUUAGGCCGAGGGAUUGUAUUGUACAAUAAAUCUCCAAUUAGAGAGUGAUAAAAAGAGAGAUCGGAUAAAAGAUCACCAUGUUGACAUGAUAGCAUGUAAUACCUGAUCGUAGAAUAAGAAAUUGGCCCUUCUGAAACAAAUUAUGUAUCAAAGAUAUGAAAUCUCCACUUGUCACAACCUUACUGGCCCUUUUGAAAGUAAUUUACCACUAUCAUCUUUACCAUUUACUGGAGCUGGAGCUGUGAAAAAAAGAAAAAAAAUCUUUACUCUAACGUACGGGGGGUUGGGCAGUGAGAGAGAGACAAACGGGCAUGAAUGAAGACCCUGAAUCUGAAUCUGUGUUCGCACCCUAACCCCAAGAUUUUGCCCCGCCAUUCAUCAUCUCCGGUAAGGUCCCAAUGUUCUCUAACUCAGCAACAUCCUCUCAGGUAAUGUUUUCUUCUUCUUCUUCUUCAAUAACCAACCAAUCUCGUCCUUUACCACUCACUAUAUUGACACGUCAUUCUCAUUCCUCCAGGUUCGCCGUCCUUGGCGCUGGUUUCGCUGGCCUUUCCGUCGUUUGGCAUUUGUUCAAGCAUAGUCCUAAGGAGUUGAACCUAAAAAUUGAUAUAUAUGAUGAAGUUGGCAUUGGAGGUGGUGCUUCUGGAAUUUCUGGAGGUCUUCUUCACCCUUAUUCCCCAAAAGUUAAGCCUCUCUGGGAGGGUGCUCAAUGUUGGAAUGAGAGCAUAAAGCUUUUGAGAAUUGCUGAAGAAGCUAGUCUCUCCAGGGACUGUCAAGUUCGAGAAUCAACUGAACAAUAUAUGAAAGCUUUUGUGGUUAAUAAAAGGGGCAUCUUACGACCGGCAAUGGAUAUGAAGAAUAUGACCAAAUUGAAUGAUAAUGCCAAGACUUGUCUUCCUUGCUGCAGAGUAGAACCACUUAAUAAUGAAGAGGCUCAAGGUCUUUUACCAGGUGUAUUAUUACCAUUUAAUACAGCUUUCUUUAUGCCCGAAGCUCUAAAUAUCAAUCCUCGACACUACCUUGAGGAACUUUUUCUAGCAUGUGAGAAUUUAGUGAAAGAAUCAUCCAGUCAUGACUCUGGGGAGAAACAGCUGAGUUUACACAAAAAAUCUAUCCAUGGACUUUCAGAGUUUGAAGGGGAAUACGAUGCAGUUAUCAUAUGCCUCGGUGCCAAAGUGAAUAUGCUUCCUGAGAUUUCUGGGAGGCUUCCUCUAAGGACAUGUAGGGGUGUAAUUGUGCAUCUAGAACCGCCUGAUGAUACGAGGUGUUAUCCUGAGGAUGGACCUUCCAUAUUAUCAGAUGCAUGGAUAGCCGUUGAGAGCUCUCGGAGUCUAAAUGUCGGUUCAACUUGGGAGUGGAAAUCUAUAAAUUCAUCACCAAAUGUUUCAAUUGAGGAAGCUUCAAAAGCUCUUCAUGAGCUCCUGCCGAAGGCAUCCACUAUUUAUCCUGGAAUAAGGGAUUGGGUUUUCACUGGAGCAAGAGCUGGUCUGAGGGCAAUGCCUCCACUCACGCCACUUGGAUCUCUUCCACUUCUUGGUUGUAUUAAUGAUUUCAUUGGUAGAAAUCGUAGUUGUAAGUAUUGGUUAUUUGGAGGUUUAGGUUCAAGAGGUUUGUUAUACCAUGGUUGGCUAGGUAAUUUGAUGGCACAUGCUGUGCUUUCUUGUAAUGAAGAGGUAAUUCCAUCUGAGUUGACUUCUUGGAAAAACAUUAAACCCAAAUAUUAGCAUUCAUAUGUCAAUACUCAAAUACAUUCAUAUGUUUUUAUUUUUGAAAGGAACAUGUGUAUUUUUAUUCAAAUGCCA